AUGACUCAGAGCAGAGAGUUGUAUAAGGCUGUUAUUGUAGGUGGAGGUCCAGCAGGAAUUGGCAUCUUUAUACGAGCUGCGCGAACAGGCUAUCUACCGCGACUGUUGGAUCCGAAAAAGUAUGGUACUACCAAGGAUAAUGAGCUCAGCAAUUUAUUGAAAGUCGAGCAAAUGGGUGUCGCAGUUCUUCACGACGGCAAUUCAAAUACAUUUGGUGGGGGCAAUUUGGGCGAAUAUAUAAUCAACUCAAACACGUUUGCAUGCAGUCUGCUGGCUAGCAUUCUCGACGAAAAAUCCGAACUAGACCCACCGGAGAGUAUUAAGAAUACGUUUUUGGAGGGUUUACGUACUCACGUAAGCGCCAAGCGACUAGAAGAACUCGGUGCAGCACCUGGAAAGCUUACGGAAAUGGGUUGCUUUCUGCGUCAUGUAGGAGCUUGUCUGGUUCGAGAAAUAUCCGGCAAAGCUUGUGACACGAGUAAAGUAUUAUAUGAUACAACAGCAACUAAGUUCGAGGCACAGCAAAAUGGUCUUAUCUGUGUCCAUACUCGAAGCACUAAUGGAAGCGCUGCUGCCACAGUAUUGUACACUGAGCAUCUGAUAUUAGCAACAGGAGGCACACAAGAACUGCCUUCCUUGGAUAAUCUUGCUUAUCAUUCCAAACUGUUCACCUCGGAUUCCUGCUUGCGAGAGGAAGGAUUUGCAAAGUUAAAACGACAUCUUCUUGCAUUGCCUCCAGGUGAGCGAAAAGUCUGUAUCGUCGGUGGAUCUCAUAGCUCCUUCUCGGUUGCGUGGCUUCUUUUGAACAAAUUUUAUGAUUCUAAAACAAAAGGUCUUUUGUUGAGUACGGAUAGCUCUAAGAAACAAACUCAAUUCGACUCCGAGGAAAUUCAGACCACAUCCGUCCCACACCUUAGAGCCUCUGACAAAUUGACACUGACCUUAGCCCCUCUCACAGUAAAAAAACAUGACAAUUCAUCCACCUCUACUACAGUCAAGCAUAAAUGUCACGCAAGUCACAGUGCCAGUGGUUUCAUUGUAUCUCAGACGGCAGCAUUCAGCCCAAAGGAUAUUACGAUUUUGCAUCGAUCUCCAAUCCGGUGUUAUUAUGGUUCAAAAAAGGAAGCUGAAAUUGACGGUGUCGAUGGGAGUCGAGUUGAUCGGUCUGGUUGCGUGAAUACUUUUACGGGACUUCGCGAGGAUGCCAAGAAGUUGUUCAAGAGCGUGAAGUCAGGGCGAGAAGUGCGUGUUAGGCUGUUUCAAGUAAAUGAAAAGGGUUCACAGACACUCAUCGACAAAGCAUAUGCAACAGCCGGAGCAAUCGUCUGGGGUGCUGGAUACAAGACGAAUCUGCUGCCAGGUUUUGACGAAGCGGGGAAGUCGCUCUUAUUUGAACAAGACGAUGGGGUCAUCAAGGUUGAUAUGAAGGCACGAUUGCAGUUACUUGGUCAAUUUAAGGGCAAGUGUCCUAGUAUUUUAGGCCUCGGUCUAGGGUUCAGUCUGCGUUCAGCUGUUGAUGAAAUGGGCAUGGAAACACGCGUCGAUGGGGUUACCGUCUAUCAUCGUCGAGGCGCUUCAUUGGUCUUAGAAGCGCUUUUUGGGCCCGAGGUUUAUGGUAGUAGUUCAAGCUUUGAAGAAAUGGUAGAGAAGAAUGAAAAGAAAAAGCGCGACGUGUAUUCAAUGAAGACCGCUGAAAAGGUGUCAAUUGCUGCGAGUAGGGUCGCAAAUAUAGGUCAGGCUUUAGUGUCACUAUCAAAAGGCCACACUUCACGAUGUGGUAGCGUUGUAGCACCGCAUCUUUCAACCGCGCCAGCAGCCCACGUCAUAGUGCGACAAAGCCCAUCAAACAAAUUACGUCAGACUGAAUCGCCAACUAAUCCGCCAACUAAUCCGCCAGUAAAGUUACUUCUCCUUAGGCGUCGCGCCUCUGUCGACAUAUCAUCAGCAAAAUUUUCUUCUCUUCGCGCUUCCGUGGCGGCAGCUGCAGAUCUCAAGAUUAGCACAGGGUGA